GUUUUAUUCAAGAUGGCGGGGCUGCAGUUGAGGCAGUAUGGCGGCGCGUCGAGAAUAAAAUAAUUUAGAACGGUAGUCAGGUGCUCAAUAGGAGACAGUCGCGUAAAUUAUAUAUCGCUCCCAGAAGAUACCAGUGGAGGAUGAUCAGUGCCUAGAUCCCAUAUUAAGCUGAAUGCAUUGUGAUUUCCAAUAAUUGAGACAGUGAUUCUGAAAGCUGUCUACAUUAAUGAAAAGAACAAUGUAGUCAGCUUAGCAUUUUCACCUCUGGUACGUGGUCUAUACAGGGAUGUGCUUCUGCAUGCAUUCUGGGUUUAGAUAAGAGGAGAGUCUCAACAGGUCAGAUUUUAGAAUAAAUUAUUAGUCUGUGUAAGUUGAAGUUUGUUACAUAGGAAAUGGAGAUAGAUGAUGUGCUACCCCCUCUCCCCUUGGAGCCACCUGAUGAUUUUGGCCAAGAUGAGGGCAGAGCACCUCCACCACCUCCCCUGCAAACGUCCAGUGACGCAGAGGUAAUGGACGUUAGCUCUGGUGGUGAUGGAUACACAUACACCCCAGGGGACGGGGAAGCCAAGCCACAGCUGCCCCUCAGCAAGGGCUCAAUAACCUUCUAUAGCCACCUCUCAGAUGAGGCCAAUCCCAACCCACCGUGUCCCAGAACAGCCCGCCACGCUCCCCCGGUCACCGCGUUUCUACCAGACCUCAAGCUUCUCAGAGAUGUUAAGAUCAGUGUUAGCUUUACUGAAAGCAGCAAUAGCAAAGACAGGAAGGUUUUAUACACAGGUGAAGGGCAGGAGAGAGGAAGUGAAGACGGCUUAGAUAGCCUCAAUGGUGAGUUGCAUGAUUUGACAAGUGAGCAGGAAGCAGCCGAGGGUUGCUCUGGAGCAGGAAACAUAGCAGGCAGAAGAUCAGAGGAGGCUGAGGCAGACCUGGAAAACAAGGUAGAGUUCGCUGUCCUGGAUGAGUUGGAUGACUUCUACGAGAACUUCCUGGAUCAUGACGAUACAGAGCAUGGUGGCUUUAAGUCUGAGGUCAUAGUUCAGCAGGAGCAAGCAGAUGAGGAGGCCGUGGCUUUCUCCUAUGAGGAGGAGUUUGACAAUGAUGUCGAUGCUCUGCUGGAGGAGGGCAUGCCGGUCCCAAAAAAGAUGCGUGUGACAGAGGACAAGUAUGGCGGGGACAGUGAUCAUCAGUCAGAUGGUGAAGGAGGUGUUCAGCCCAUGAUGACCAAAAUUAAGACAGUCCUGAAGAGUCGUGGGCGUCCUCCCACCGAGCCUCUACCUGAUGGAUGGAUCAUGACAUUCCAUAACUCAGGCAUUCCAGUCUACCUGCACAGGGAAACCAGGGUGGUUACCUGGUCCAGACCCUACUUCCUUGGGACAGGAAGUAUUAGGAAACAUGACCCUCCUACCAGCAGCAUCCCUUGCCUACAUUACAAGAAAAUGAAGGAACAGGAGGAAAAGGAGCUGAAUGGGGAGGUGACAUCUAAUGCAGAGAAGUCUCCUGUCAAGCCUGGUGUUGAGGCCAAUGAUGAAGAGCAAGCAGGCAGGUCAGAUGCUACAGCUGAGGAGCAAGACGGCGUCCCUGCCCCCAGUAUGACUGAUGGUGGCCCAGGUGGAGAGGGCACCACCAAUGACAGUCUGCAGGGUAAAGAGUCCCAACCCUGUGACACUGCCCAAGGAGCCUUAGGACAAGUCAAGGCCAAGGUGGAGGUGUGCAAGGACGAGUCCAUAGAACUUGAAGACUUUCGCUUGUACCUUGAAAAAUGCUUUGACUUUGAACAAGUCACAGUAAAGAAGUUUCGUACCUGGGCUGAAAGAAGACAGUUUAACAGAGACAUGAAGAGGAAGCAGGCGGAGUCAGAGCGACCCAUCCUGCCUGCCAACCAGAAACUCAUCACACUUUCAGUCCAAGAUGCACCAACUAAGAAAGAAUUUGUCAUCAACCCUAACGGAAAGUCUGAAGUUUGCAUCUUGCAUGAAUAUAUGCAACGUGUCCUAAAGGUUCGACCUGUUUACAACUUUUUUGAAUGUGAGAACCCAAGUGAACCCUUUGGAGCGUCGGUCAUUAUAGAUGGAGUAACUUAUGGUACAGGAACCGCAAGCAGUAAAAAACUUGCCAAGAAUAAAGCUGCUCGAGCCACACUGGAAAUCCUCAUCCCUGACUUUGUGAAGCAGACCUCGGAGGAGAAGCCUGUUGAGGGCGAUGAACUGGAGUAUUUUAAUCAUAUCAGUAUAGAAGACUCGAGGGUAUAUGAGCUGACCAACAAAGCAGGACUACUUUCGCCAUAUCAGAUUCUUCAUGAGUGCCUUAAAAGAAACCAUGGAAUGGGAGACACCAGCAUUAAAUUUGAGGUGAUCCCAGGGAAAAACCAGAAGAGUGAAUAUGUGAUGACAUGUGGGAAGCACACUGUGCGUGGCUGGUGCAAGAACAAGAGGGUUGGCAAACAACUAGCAUCUCAGAAGAUCUUGCAGAUGCUUCAUCCCCACGUCAAGAACUGGGGCUCACUGCUGCGCAUGUACGGCAGAGAGAGCAAUAAGAUGGUCAAGAAGGAGAGCUCUGACAAGAGUGUGAUCGAGCUUCAGCAGUAUGCCAAAAAGAACAAGCCAAACCUUCAUAUCUUGAACAAGCUGCAAGAAGAAAUGAGGAAACUAGCCGCGCAGAGGGAGGAAACUAGAAAGAAGCCCAAGAUGACCGUAAUGGAGUCUGCCCAGCCAGGGAGUGAACCCCUCUGCACUGUUGACGUUUAAGUCUCGAAAUCACUGAUGACCCACGGCACUGAAACCCAAUCACUGUCAGACAUCACACACCACCAUCCAUUACUUAAUUAUGCAUCACAUAGAUCUAAUGGCAAUAUAGUUACACGUUGACCAGGCCGGUAGAACUGCUUGCUUCCUUCACCCAUGUUUUAUUGGUUCAGCUGGUAGAUAUAAAGGUAGGUCUAAAUGCACUAAUAGACAGUAGAGAAAAUAUCGUCUACCUCUCUAGAUGAAUCCUCGCUAUGGCACUAGAAAAAAAAACACACCCAGGCUACAGAGAAGUUAACAUGACUUGAUCACAUAUGAA